GUCCAGGAAGAAGAGUCGGGUUGCGCAACUCGGCAACAUGGCUGCGUCCGUGAGGUUGUUGGUCCGUGGGCUGGCUCACAGAAGCGUUACCUUCGCUGCGGCCGGUGGCUCAUGCCGCUCGGGCGGCUGCUUGGCUCCGUCUUCCUCUCGCUGCGUCAGCGAUACAGCGGAGGACAGAAGCACUCACUUCGGCUUCGAGACGGUGCCCGAGGCAGAAAAGGCGAAGAGAGUAUACAAGGUGUUUGAGAACGUGGCGCAGAAAUACGACGUCAUGAACGACGCCAUGAGCCUUGGCGUGCACCGACUCUGGAAGGACAUGCUGCUGCACGUCAUGCACCCGCAGCCCGGCGCUCGGCUGUUGGACGUGGCCGGCGGAACGGGCGACAUUUCUUUUCGUUUCCUGGACUACGUUCGUUACCAGCAGGAGAGACAGAAGCGGCGAGCUGCGGGGUCCGUCCAGACCCCGUCGUGGCAGGACAUCUCGGACAAGUACCCCGCGGAGGAGGACAGACCUCAGGAGUCCAGGGCUGUCGUUUGUGACAUCAACAAGGAGAUGCUGAAAGUGGGCAAACAGAGAGCUGACGGCAUGGGAAUCACAUCAGGUCUGUCCUGGGUGGUGGGAGACGCAGAGGAGCUGCCCUUCGAUGACGACCAGUUUGAUAUUUACACCGUCGCCUUUGGCAUUCGAAACGUCACGCAUGUCGAUCAGGCCCUUCAGGAGGCUCUUCGUGUCCUGAAGCCCGGUGGCAGAUUCAUGUGCUUAGAGUUUAGCAAAGUGACCAAUCCUAUUCUUGCAAGCCUUUAUGACGCGUACAGUUUCCAAGUGAUCCCAGUUUUAGGAGAGGUGAUUGCUGGAGACUGGAAGUCAUAUCAGUAUUUGGUGGAGAGCAUCCGCAAGUUUCCUGAUCAGGAGGAGUUCAAAGGCAUGAUUGAGGAUGCGGGUUUCUGCUGUGUGCAGUACUUCAACUUCACAGGUGGAGUGGUGGCUCUUCACUCCGGUUUCAAGCUGUGAGCUGCACUCUGAUGUCUCCGUAGGAGGACAGAAGAAUGUCUGUCGGGCCGAUGCGUUACGGACCGAUUUCACACUCAGAGCCUCAGAGCGGCUCUUGGCAGAUGGCUCUGCAUACUGACAGCUAGGCAGAGGUCAGAGGAUGUAAUUUAUUGACUUUUCUGGAAAGAUAUCUUUACGUUUGUACUUAUAGUUGAACAGAUAACUCCAUAAUAAAAUUGUUUUCACUGCCUCCUGUGUACAAAUGUAUUUUUCUUUUGUCUCAUUUAAAUAAACAAAACUUUAUCUCA